AUGUCUCAACGUGCGCGUGUUGCCGCUGCUCGUGCAGCUAAAACGUCUGCUGCUUCUUCAUUUUCUCAAUCAAAUAACAAAUCAAAAUCGAAGAAAAAAGUCGUUCCAGUUCGAAAAGUAACUCGCAGUAGUGCUAAUAGUGGUGCUGUACAAAAGAAAACGCCAGUAAAAUCAAGUAAAAAGCCUUCACCAGCUAAACGUCGCCUUCAGCAACGUUCAUCAACCAGUACGCGUUCUUCAACGCGUCUACCUGUUACCACCACCACCGUUAAUUCUGCUACUACUACUGCUGCCAUAAUAACACCAAGAAAAAAGCGUUUGUCUGGUUUAACAGCUGCGACACUUCUUCAAUAUUGUACUAAUGUUCUUUCACCACCUUCAAAUGAAAAGAAGCAAACAACUCGUAAACGACAACUACGUUCAGCAAAUAGUAGUCCUAUGUCUAAGAACAAUCAAAAUGCAACAAGUCGAAAAAAGAAAAAAACAAAACCAGUAGAAACGAAAAGAAAAGCUACACCAAAUACUAGAAAAACACGUGCACGAAAAGCAACAACCACCGAUGAUGAAAGUAGUGAGCAUAAUGAAAAAGAAGAAGCAAAUAAUAAUAAUAAUGAUGAUGAUGAUGAUGAUGAUGAUGAUGAUGAUGAUGAUGAUGAUGAGAAUUCAGAUGAUAAUGAUAAUAAUAAGCAGCAGUCAAGCGAAGAAGAAAAUAGUGACGAUGAAAAUGUUCGACCAUCACGUCGUCGUACGAAUGUUAAACCUAAACCAGCAAAUAAUCGACGAAAACGUCAAGUAUCGAAAAUUUCGUCGGCAGCUGAUGUUAAACCAGUCGAACCAGAAUUAAAUAUUCAUACACGUGCACGUCGUGAAGCAAGUUCGCGUGCAUCGGCAAUGAUUAUGCAGCAAAAUGAAAUUGAACGUAGUCGCUUUAGUUAUACGAUCGCUAAUGAGCGUGCAGCAUCAGCUAAUCGACGACGUCGUACGAAAAGUACAGUUACAACUAAAGAUGAUUCUCAUGCUGAUCUUAUUGUUGAUCCACCUGAACAAUCAUCGAAUGAACCAUUCAAAUUUAAUAUUCCAUCUGUUCCACCCGUACCAGUAGCUCAAGUACAAGUACCAACACCAACACUACAACCCACAACCACAACUACAACAACAAAAGCAGUAGUAGUUGCAACAGCAACAACGACGACAACAAUAACAACUGCAGGAACAACAACGAGUCGAAAAGUAACACCACCACCAUCAUUAUUUAAUGUACCUGCACCAGCUUCAUCAAUAGCGAAUGUAUCUAAUAAAACUGAAUAUGCUCAAUCAUUAAAUGCUAUUACAACAAAAAUUACAAAUCAAACACCAUUAACUACAGCAACAACUACAAUAUCAAAUUCAAAAUAUCCAUCAUUAACAGAAACAGUUCUAGCUGAACAUGAUCGUAUACAUGGCAUAACUCCACCGUAUCAUACAACAAAACGUGAUAAUCUCAUUAAAUGGGUACAAGAAUUAGCAUUACAUGAUCGCCUAUCACCACCAUUUCCUGAACAUGAAAUUCCUCUAGAAUCAUUUCAUGGUGCUGCAUCCUCGAUAUCAUCUACAACAACAGCAACCAACGAUCAGAUUCAAGCAACUCGUGGAAUUAUUAUUAGUCAAAAUAAUAGCAAUAGCAAUCAAAGCACGAGUGCAGCAACAAAUAAUGGUGGUUCAGUUGUUGGUGGUGCUGGUUCAACAUCAACGACAAUUGCAGGUACAAGUACAGCUACAACAGGUGGUACAAAAAGUAAUAAUACUCACAGUAAAUCAACAACUAAAUCAACACCAUUGCCGCCACCACCGCCACCACCACCACCACCACCUCUACCUGCAGUCAAACAACCAUCGAAUACAAAUACAGCUAGUACAAAUUUUGCACAGAAAAAUCGAACAGCAACAAAAGGCUCAAAUGCAUUAACAACUCCAUCAAUGAAUGUACAAGAUCAUUCAAUUGCAUCGACUCCUUUGAUAAAUUCUUUUACUGCCAUAACUCCUGCAAUUCUUGGUACAACCGCAGUAAAUACACCCUCACCAUCGUCGUUAUCAUCGCGACCACUUUCAUCGUCACAUGAACUUCAUCAUCAACAUUCAUCAGCAACAUCAACGCCAAUAUCUACAACAAACGUUACAUCAGCAUCAAAUCCAGCUUUUCUUGCACCAUCAGCAGCUGCUGCUGCCGCGGCUGCUGCGGCUGCAGCUGCAGCUGCAUUUCCCAUCGAUUUACGUUCAUUCUAUCCUCUUCUGCCUUGUUGGCAAUAUCCGGCUUGGACAUUUCCAACAUCUGCAUCAUUACUUAGUCAAUCGGCAGGUUGUCUUUUACCACCAUCAUCAACUCUUCCGCCUCCACCAUCACCAGUUGUUCAUCAUAAAACAUCUAUAACACGUCAUCGUACAACAACACAUUUAGAAACUAAACAGAAAAAAUCAUCAACAACAACUACAACAAUAAACAAUUCAAAUAAUUCUAUAAAACAACAGUCGAUUAUAUCAUCAACCUAUGAUGAACAACAGAAACAAGCUAUAUCACCAAAAAAAGAAGCAUUAACAUUUCAUUUACAUACCCAUCAUCAUCAUCAUAUACAUAAUCCAAAUCCACCAUUAUCUUCAAAUACAUCAUCUUUGCUUAAAUCUCCGAAUCCAACUAAAACAACCACAGUACCAUUGUCUCCACAAAAAUCAUGUGUUUCAGUUAAUAAAGAACAGCUUGUUGAAACAAAAACAAUAUUACCAUUAAGUGUAAAUAAUGUUGUUAAAAAAGAACAUCAGCAAAUUUCAAUUACAGAUAUAUCUUUAUCACCAUCGAUGGAAAAUGAAGCAUUAAAUUUUUCUAUUAAACAUUUAUCAGCAAAUCAAAAACCUUAUAUCAAUGAACACGAUGAAACAGUUAAAAAGACGAAUGCUAAAAAAACAUCUCCGACUAAAGGACGUGUUAAUUCUGGAUCAAAAGCCAAUAGUUCACCGACUCCAUCGAUUGGUGAGAAAAAUCCAUAUACAAUUAAUUCAAUCAUCACAUCGCCUAUGAAAAAUUCCGGUGUCAAUCUAAGUAUAAGUCCAUCACAUCCACGUCAACGUUUAGCAAAUCCAAUGGGAACAAUUAUUUCACCUGUAUCAAAUAUUCUUAUUUCAAAUGGUGAUUUAUCUUUUACUAGUGAUAGAGAUCAUAAAAAUUCCCAUCGAAUUUAUAAACGACGUAGUGUAUCGGCAGCAACUGCUACUGCAACAACAUAUAUAUCAAUAAAUGAGAAAAAUUCUCGUACAGCACGUACUAAUUCAUCAUCAGCAAUCUCAGUACGAUCGAAAUCAUCAACCAAUAUCACAAAUCCAAAACGAUCACAUUCACCACAUUCAAUGACGCUAAUGGGAUCUAAUAAAAGUCCUGGUCAAAGAAAGAAACAAAAAAUUUCUCAUUAUUGGGCUUUAUUUGGAAAAUGUGAACAGAAAUUAGUUUCAAUUGAUGCUGACAAACCGCCGGUUUAUCGCGAAUGCUAUUCAUCGAUUCGACACGUCAAAGAAAAAGAUAUAAUUAACUCAGAUGAUUGUGUUUUAUUACGGCCUGAGAAUGCUGAACAUAACGGUAUGACACCAUAUUUAGCGAAAGUGAAAUGGUUCUGGAAAGAACCUGAAUCAGGAGAAAUUCAAAUGUCGCUUAUUUGGUAUUAUCAUCCUAAACAUAGUGAAUUACCAGCACGUGUAAAAGAACAUUUUCUACCAAAUGAAGUGUUAGCAUCUAAAUAUUGGGAUUGUGUUAAUGUGGCUUGCAUCGAAGAUAAAUGUUAUGUACUGAAUGCUAACGAAUAUAAUCGUUAUUAUGUUCGUGAAAAAAUACCAGAUCUUUUUGAACAUCCUGAGUCAGUUGAACAAUUAAAAUCACUGUUAAACAGAAAUACUGCAACUAUUCAUCAUCGAUUGUUGCCAUCAAAUAGUGUUGAUAAUCAAAAUAUAUUCUUUUGUCGCUACGUAUAUGACUAUCGCGCGAAACGUAUUUUAAAAAAUCCAAGUUUAAAUAAUCCUAAUACAAAUCCGACAACAACAGCAGCAGCAACAACAACAACAUCAACGACGACUACAACAACAAUAAAUACUACUACGACAAUUUCUGUACCUACGGCAGCACGCAUGUGA